UUUGAGGAAUAAUCGGAAACCGACGUGUUUCUCAUUUCUCACCUUGUAAAUAAAUUAAUUUACAUACAUAGCAAAUUCAUGCAAAAUGUAUUUACAACUUUAGUUAUAAGCGAAGUUUCGGCUCCUACGAGUGUGUUCCGUGCGUGAAAAUAGUAAAAUCGGUUUCCAUGUUUUGGGAUCAUGUUUACCGUAACAGGCAUAUCAUGCAGGAGUUCGAGGACCUAGAAGUGCACAAAACCAGUGUCUCUGUAUUUGUAGCGUUGUUUUACUUGGAAAUGCUGUAUAUUCUGAUCAUGACGCUGUCGAUAUUGAACAGACUCAAUCAGAAUAUGCCGUCGUAAAUCGUAGAAGAUUUCUCUGUAUACCUCAACAGUAAUUAAUUGAUAAUGACUGACAUUAAGAUAAAGGAACGGCUGUACCUCUCAAAGCCGGACGACAUCUAUGUGGACCAUCACCAGCUAAUGCAGCAUCAGGUGGACGCUCUCCGGAUGCUCUAUGCCCAAUUUAAAAAGAAAACGGGUGGCGUGAUCCUCAACGACCCCAGCGGCUACGGGAAGACGGUGGUGGCUGUACUGUUUCUGCAGGCGCUGCGGCAGAUACUGCCGUCGCCCGCGCUCGUACUGUGUCGCGCGGGAGAAUUACAACACUGGCGACACCACUUCCACACCUGGGCCACCACGGAAGCGGCUACGGGAAGACGGUGGUGGCUGUACUGUUUCUGCAGGCGCUGCGGCAGAUACUGCCGUCGCCCGCGCUCGUACUGUGUCGCGCGGGAGAAUUACAACACUGGCGACACCACUUCCACACCUGGGCCACCACGGAAGGUCAGUACAGAGGGCCUACCGCGAACAACGGGUGGCGUGAUCCUCAACGACCCCAGCGGCUACGGGAAGACGGUGGUGGCUGUACUGUUUCUGCAGGCGCUGCGGCAGAUACUGCCGUCGCCCGCGCUCGUACUGUGUCGCGCGGGAGAAUUACAACACUGGCGACACCACUUCCACACCUGGGCCACCACGGAAGCGGCUACGGGAAGACGGUGGUGGCUGUACUGUUUCUGCAGGCGCUGCGGCAGAUACUGCCGUCGCCCGCGCUCGUACUGUGUCGCGCGGGAGAAUUACAACACUGGCGACACCACUUCCACACCUGGGCCACCACGGAAGGUCAGUACAGAGGGCCUACCGCGAACAACGGGUGGCGUGAUCCUCAACGACCCCAGCGGCUACGGGAAGACGGUGGUGGCUGUACUGUUUCUGCAGGCGCUGCGGCAGAUACUGCCGUCGCCCGCGCUCGUACUGUGUCGCGCGGGAGAAUUACAACACUGGCGACACCACUUCCACACCUGGGCCACCACGGAAGACGUAAUCUUCGAGUCCUCCAACCCGUACGUGAAGAAAUCCAUCUUCGUGAACACGCGACAACAGCUGCCGUCGCUCUGCCGCCGGACCUGGUCCGUGGUCGUGGUCGACGAUGACCUGCCGAGGGAGCUGCAGGCCGACUUCAAGAUAUAUCUCACUAAUGAGGACAUGAAGGAAAAUUUGAUCACCUUUGCUUCGAUAUACCAAUGGAUGUUCCCCAAAGGACCCGAGUUUGACAUCAAACAAGUCACGGGACAUAAAAAUGGACCCGCGGAUUUCGACAAAAAAGCCUAUCUACUCGAUUUUUUGUUUGAAGGAAUUGUAUUUAGAAGCAAGAAUUUCACGCCGUUUAAGAAACCUGAGACACAAGCACCUCCCGCACCGAUAGUAAUUGAACAACCGCGGAUAUCACGGAAAAACAAAGACGCAACCGGGACGAAAAUAAAGCGCUCCAAAGCCAGAAUAGAGGCGGAGUCCAACCACGCGGCCAAAAUACCGAGAACCGAACCCACAGAGAGAAACUCCACUAUCACAUCCAAGGACUACUACAAAGAUAAAGAAAUGGACGUCGAAAGCUUCAUAAAAAACGAAAAGCCGAUAACAGGAGAAGGUGUUGAAGAAUUCAUGGAUUUCCAAGCGAUGAUAAAGUCUGAUACAGAGAAUUUGAAAGAUAUAGUUAGAAAUGAAAGAUUGAACGGUGAGGUUCCUAUUACAGAGGAGAAUACAGACGUGUGCACCGCUGACUAUCAGAAUGCGAUAAAUGAUAUAGUUAAUAAUGAAAAUGAUAAAAGUAUUGAAGAAAGUUAUGGGAAUAUUGAUGCUAGGGUUACGGAAAGUGAUUCGGAUACAGGAAAGGCUGAAAGUGAUUCGGAUACAGGAAAGGCUAAUAAUGGUGUAAAUGUGAGUACAGAGAAUGAUGCAGAAGUUGUAAGUGUAAGUAAUAGUAAGAUAGAAGUACCCAAUUUAGAAGAAAAUAAGGAUGAGACAAUACAAGUAGUUAAUAAUGAAAAGAAGAAAGAUCUUGAAACGAAACUAACUGAAUUGGAAGAGAAGACUUUAAAUAAGUUUAAGGGAUCGCUUUUAGAUAGCAUAUUCUGAAUAAGCAUAUUUAACCUAUAUACGUUGAGAUGUUUGCAUUUUAAAAAGUAAGAGAAUAUGAACUGAUUGCUUAAUAGGUUCAUUAUUGAGUAUGGUUAAUUUCUCUUGCUUACAAAUUAGGGAAUUGAGAACUCUUGUACUAACUAUAGGGCAUAUACUGCAUUACAGAAAAGAAAAAUUCAUAAAGUAUCUGUGUAACUUAUGCGAAUUAUAAACAACCUUUGUAAUGUAUGAUUUCAGUACAAGGUAGACUAACUAUGAAUUGGGAAUUGGUUUAAAAUGAACUAACCAUAACAACUACGUGUGUAUUCAAAUAUAGAGGGUAGAAUCUGAGACGGGACUAGUAAUAAAGAUACAUAAAUCAAAUCAUGAUUAAGAACAGAAAGGGAAACUAAAGUUUGACUCACCCUUCAGAAAUUAAAGAGUCAAGUUGGAAUUCUCUCUUAUUCGUUGACAAGCGUUUUUUUAGUGUCCCACUGCUGGGCAAAGGCCUCCCCUCCUUUCCUCCACUCAACCCUAUCAUUUGUACUUUCCCGUCAAUCCGGAUAAAAUGCGUCCAAGUCGUCCCGCCAUCUCCUUUUUGCACAAGACAAAACCCUUUUGACAAGCGUGAUUCGAUUUUAUUAGUUUUUAAAAAGUGCAAUUUUGUUAUGCUUUGCGUUACUUUAGAGUCUGAUUGGCCAAAUGCGACAGUCAUGGAGGAUAUCUAUCCAUCUUUCUCUCUAUGAUCACAUUGUCUAAGAUUAGAAGGAGAUGGAAUUAUUUGAUUAGAUUGACAUUUAGCUUUCCAGGGUAGAGGACCUACCGCGAAUCUCGAAUUUUCGUUAUCUGGCCCUCGCUCUAGCAUAUUCGAGCGAUAGAGAUGCAAAUAUACGACUGAACGAUGUGUUUCGCGGUUAUAACUUAUAACCUAAUUGUCUCGUAAUAUGUUUUUAUUUUUAUAGUAGUCUUAAUGUUUCUUUAUUAGCAUGAAAAUGUUAUGUAUUCCAAAAAUGAAUUAUUUUCUAAUUUUUCUAUAAAUAUAACGACUAGAGUUCGUUUUUACCGUCUAAAUGUAUUUAAAAAAUAAAUGAACUCAGACUUUUA